CUUCUAAAAUCCCAACCUGGCAACCCAGAUCAGAUUAGCUGAGGAAGACCUCGGCCUGGUAGUCGGCAGAUACCUACUUCAGGUUUCAUUCGAAACAACUACAAUUACAAUUGUUACAUCUAUACAUAUUGUACUUCUGGAUUAUGUCAGCCAGUGACGACUCUGCUGCAGGCUCUCCAGCUCGUCACAGAAAAAAACACAGCAUGGAGUCAUCUAGAUCUCCCAGAACAUCCAAACACCACCAUUCACGGUCAAGAUCACGCUCCAGGGACCGAAAACGUGACAGAAAAUACAGACGAAGUCGCAGCAGGAGCAAAGAGGCACGAAAAAGGGACACUGCGAAGCUGUCGAAAUUUCACAGAAAAACAGUGGAUUUGCUAGAGCAGGAGAGACAUUCAGCUGAGAAUGGGGACGAGCGAUCCAGACGCAAGGAGAGGAAGACGUCAAGGGGGCGAAGCUUGUCCAGGUCACACUCUAGAGAGAGGCGGCACCACAGCAAAAGUAGGGAACAACGGCGGUCACGAUCGCGCAGCAGGGAGCAGAAGAAGAAGGCUAGAUCGCGUUCAGGUUCAAGGACCAAACACCGUCAUCGUAGCAGAAGCCGUAGCAAGAGCAGGGAGCGAAAGAAGAGGGUUGAGAAAGUGCACAAAAAGAGUGGAAGUAGGUCUGUUAGUCCCCUGAUCUUUCGUGGUCGGAACACAGCUAUGGACGCACAAGAGGCUUUAGCCAGAAGGCUGGAGAGAGCUAAGAAGCUACAGGAACAGAAAGAAAAGGAAAUGCUUGAGAAACAGCAGCAGCAACAGCAGGAAAUAGCUGCAGCUGUUGCUGCCCCUAUAGCAGCAGCAGCUGCUGCAGCGGCCACCUCAAACCCUGCCCUCAACGUUGCAGCCCUUCUAGCCACUGGAACACAAGUCACACCUCAGAUUGCUAUGGCUGCACAGAUGGCUGCCCUUCAAGCCAAAACCCUGGCAGAGACGGGCAUCGCGGUGCCGAGCUUCUAUAACCCGUCUGCUGUGAAUCCCAUGAAGUUUGCAGAGCAGGAGAAAAAGAGGAAAAAGCUAUGGCAGGGCAAGAAGGAAGGGGAAAAGUCACAAACAACAGAGUUGUGGGAGAAGCUCAACUUUGGAAAUAAAGACCAAAAUGUAAAAUUUAGAAAACUCAUGGGUAUUAAGGGAGAUGAAGAUGAGACAGAAGCUUCCAAACCACUAAACGAUGAAGGCAUAAAGACUCUUCAGAAGCAAGAAGAGAUGUUUAGGAACCUUGAUGUACAGUAUGAGAUGGCUCGAUCUCAGACACACACCCAGAGAGGAAUGGGUCUCGGCUUUUCCACCUCUUUCUCUCGUGGAAUGGAUUCUGUCUAGUGCCAAACACCUGCAGUCUUCUCAUCUUUAAAAACCACCACUUCAUCGCUAACCCUCAAGCUUGCAUGGAUGUUGCUCUGGAGUUGUAAUUUAUUUAGAGACGUAGGUCUCACAUAUUGUAAAUAGCAGGAUGCGGUGUUUAGCAAUCUACAUCUUUGUAAACAAAAGCAUCAUACUGAUUGAUGUUAGGUGUAGUAAUUUUUUUUUCUCUUCAGUAAUGUGGUAGCUUUUUUAAAAACUGGAUUAUAUAUAGAUAUGCAAUUGUCUGAGCAUAGUCUGAAUACAAUGUGGUCUAAGUAAAUGCUGUUUAAAUCCAUUUAGCAAAAGACGUUGUCUUCUGGAUUUCUGUGGAUUGAAGUCAGCUUGAAAGAUUAAAGUUUCAUGUUCUCGAAUUUAA